GUCAAAUCACUGCCGUUGACAAUUGUUUUCGGGCGUGUUACCGCUGUUGUAUCUUGAAAACAACGCUUUGGUGGCUUGUGGAGGAUGGACCCUGCGGAAAGUAAAGCUUUCUCGUCAUACAGGAGCCGCUACGUGGCACUAAGUAUUAAGGAGGUAUUGGCAGCGUUACCGAUGCAGAGUUCGGAUCGUUUACUCGACGUAUGCUGUGGAUCAGGUGAACUCACCAAAGCGUUGGCUGACCAGCUACAGACGGGACGUGUAACAGCAAUUGAUAUCAAUCCGCAAAUGGUAGAAAUUGCCGAAUCCGCGAACACCUCACCCAACAUAACAUUUGCUGUAGCUGACGCCGGUAACGCCGAUACAUUUCUCAGCACCUGGAAGAACUCUUAUGAUAAAGUACUGUGUUAUUAUUCACUUUACCUCAUUAAAGACUGGGAGGCAGUCACAUUAAAAGGAAUAUAUGAAUGCUUAAAACCAGGAGGAAUCGCGUUUUUGAACACGUUGGCGGCGUCUACCCACGUAUUUCAGAUAGGAAAAGACGGCUUGCAUUUUCCAAAAUGGAAACAGUAUUUUGAGGAUUAUGAAUAUCCGAUGCAUGGUGUCACUAAAGACUACUUCAAGGAGGCCUUGGAAAAAGUUGGCUUUAAGAUUAAAUCUUUUCAGUUUAGUGUGAGAAGUCUGGAUGCUGAUAAUGACCAAACAGCUAGAAACAUAUUUAGACCUUUCACGUCGCAGAGUAACUGUGUUCCAGCUGAGAAGAGGGAGCAAUAUAGGGAAGAGUUUUUCCAAUACUUCAAAAAACAAUCCAAAGAUACGGAUGACGGCACUAUGCGAUGGGAACUUGAGGUGAUCACUGUCGUUGUCGAGAAGUGAAAUCGGACAUGAUGCAGACGUUCUCACUAACCUAAUACUACCAAGUAGCGAUAGUCGUUUCACGUGUUUUUUUAAAGGGCG